CUUGCCUGGGAUUUCUUCCUUCGCCAAGUGGUCAUUUUCAUCAUCUUCAGCCCGUCAAUGAUAUCUCCUGCAUCUGGUUCUUCCCGCGCUAAUCGCCAUUUCAACAGCCUGCGGCAUCCGCCUCUGCAGUUUUCGACGUGCCCCCUCCCUUGCUCGUGUACAGCCGCUUUACCGAUGGCACAAUCCAAUCUCUCAAAAGACGAGGCAACUCUGUUCGCGUCGGAGGGCGGCCAGGAGGACACGGGGAUCGGCACAGGGCCCGAGUACGACUAUCCCAAAACGGCGAAAAAGGAUCCCGAGACGGCUAUUGUGGACGCGCCAGGCCCGGAGGAAGGGAAGGGGGGAGAGGACGCACCGGGGGAGAAUGAGCCCGAGUUGACGGAGAAAGAGAUUGAAGAGGAGGAGUCGUUGGAGCAAGAGGGAGCGGGGGAGUGGAGCGAAGACAUGGCGCAGAACGUGCCGCAGCCAGGCGAUGCGCCGACGGGCAUUCCGGAGGACACGGAGAGACUGCCUAGUGACCGCGGCUAGUAGGACACUCCGAGCAUCCGCACUUCUGCACCUCGGAUUUCGCUGUGCAAUAGGCUCUCUGUACUCAUAUGUCCUCUACACGCGUGGCUCAUGCCUAUCCCGCC